CUUGCCUAUUGUAACGCGCCAUGUUCAUUGUCCGCCACAGGACUCGUGCGCUGUUCUGCCACCGUUCCCCAAUCUCAUCCCCAAUACCGCUUUCACGGCAACUGCACCCCUUGUUUCGUGUCUCUAACACGUGUGUCGCUUCUGCUUCUACAUUUCAUCGAGGCCCUUCGUCCUUCUCCUCUCCUCUCCUCUUUUCUACUCGCACCAUUCCAAUUCCCCAUUGUCGACUGAUUAGACGCUCUGGAUCCAUUGCGACAACGACACAUUUAUUCAUUUUUCAAAAUUAUUCAACUCGGACUGAGUUUCUACAACAAGAUCGCCACGCUCUGUUGAAUAAACGUAUAAAGACGUUUGCUGCCCCGAUGCCUCGGUCUUACGCUGAUGCUGUUAACAAGCUCAAUGGAUUGCAGACAAACUUUGCUGCACUUAAUGAUUCCAAGAAGUCAACAAAAGCGUCGCUACCACAGAUGCUUGACUUUGUCGCGCGGACUGGAUACCAACCUGAGGAUUUUGAUGAGCUUAACUUAAUCCAUGUCACUGGCACCAAAGGCAAAGGUUCAACCUGUGCCUUAACCGAGUCUAUCCUCAGGAAUUAUGAAGGCUCGAAGAAGAUCAAAACUGGAUUGUAUACGUCGCCACACUUGAUGGAAGUCAGGGAAAGGAUUAGGAUUAAUGGGGUACCCCUCAGUCAGGAGUUGUUUGCAAAGUACUUUUUUGAGAUCUGGGAUCGUUUCGAAUCCAGUGGCGAUAAAUCAAAGCCUGGUUACUUCCGGUACUUAACCACAUUGGCUUUUCAUGUAUUCAAACAAGAAAAGGUCGAUGCGGCCAUUAUGGAGGUUGGUAUAGGUGGUACAUAUGACUCAACCAACAUUAUUAUAAAGCCUGUGGUUUGUGCUGUAGCAGCAUUGGGUAUUGAUCACGUUUCGGUACUGGGAUCGACAUUGGGAGAAAUCGCAUGGAACAAAGGGGGUAUUUUUAAACGGGGCGUCCCUGCUAUCACAACUGAACAGCCCGAAGAAGGUCUCAGUGUCCUUAAAAGUAGAGCUGAGGAACUCGGGGCAGAGUUUUUCAAGAUUAUCCCUCCUUUUUCAAAUGUAGAGUUGGGUGAUGUGACAAUUGGUUUAAAUGGGAAGCAUCAAGUAUCAAAUGCCGCUCUAGCUAGCGCCAUCUGUCGCAUUUGGAUCGAAAAGGUGCUGGGAGAUAAAAUCGAAGAAUCUAAUGAAUCGAUUCCCAAGGCGUUUAUCAAAGGCCUUACAAAUGCCCGGUGGCCAGGCCGUGGCCAGAUCAUGGUCAGGGAUGAUAAGCCCAAAAUAAAAUGGUUCUUUGAUGGAGCGCAUACUGCUGAGAGCACUACAGUUUGCGCAGCUUGGUUCAAAGAUGUCAGUCAGUCAAAUCUCCACGGAACUGUCAAGAGAGUCCUCAUUUUUAAUUGCACAGGGCCUAGAGACGGUGACAAGCUUUUAGGGCCUUUGGCCAAGAUCCAUUCUGUGGUUCAUUUUGAUCAAGCAGUUUUCACUCCGACUAUCACAUUUGCUUCUAAUACGUAUAAAGGGGAUCUAGUGAACAACACUGCCCCAAUCGAUCCCGAACUUACGACCCAGAAAACCUUAGCAGAAUGUUGGACCCGACAGCUUGCACUAGCUUCUGGCUUGGAAUCUGGAACACAGCAGGCAGACCAGGUGAAUACGACGGUGCUUCCAUCGAUAGAACACUCUGUCAUUUGGGUUGAUGACUAUGUCAAGAGUCAGGUCGAGCAAGGAGUAGAUCAGGUCCAAGUAUUGGUAACGGGAAGUCUUCACCUUGUUGGUGGUCUGCAGUCUGUCCUUGGUUGCGAAGUUGCAUAGAGUAGUUUUUGUGCGAAUAUUUCCUUGCGAAAAAGGCGUCAAUACAUUUUUAAAAUAUGUCUUGC